AUCCGAUUCUUUUAAUGCCAGUUCCUUGGGAUUUUUAUACAAUUUAGAACGUAUUUUAAAAUUGUAAUAAAAUAAAUAUAUAUUUUAUCUAAAAAUCAACGAAGCUAUAUAAUUUUUUCUAUAAAUUGUCAUAUCGGCAGCUAUCAUCCAAUCUCAGCAAUUCCGGAUUAUUAAUUCAUAAUUAAUUACUAUAUGCAAUAGAGAGAAGAACGUUUUAACCAUGUGAGCAUUCAGCACAAUAACAAAUGUAUAGAAGAAAUGAUCCAUCACCCAAGCACUAUGUGUGCCAUUUGUGAUAAACAUUUACUGCACUAAUAAAGGCCAUUUAUAAUUCAUUCAGUUUAAUCGUAUAACUGUCAUUUAUAGAACUGAUAUCCCCAGAUAUUAACGCGAUUUGCAAGGGUACAAUUAUAUCUUGUUCCAUAUACGAUAUUUGCUGAUGUAUGUUUCAGUUGUUUGGGCUCACAUUGGAAUGGAUAAAAAGGCAACGCUAUCAAUAUGUACGUACAUCUAUCAAAAUAAUAAUUACGGGGCGUGGUCGAUAGCUGGGUGUCGACGACUUGUGCAGUAACUCUGGCUUCUAGGCCCCAGUCGGUAUACUCUAGGGUCUAGACUUCUAAACCUCUAGACCUCUAGACCUAUCCCCAUAAUUUUUCUAACGUUCCUCGACAUUGUUUGCCCUGUGUCGCAUUUUAUCGUUGUUUAUCGUGAGUCGAAAUAUGCAAAUUGGACCGAAUUGCUGCCUGCCUGGUCGAGGGGUGUGGGCACAAAAGAUGUUCCAGUUACAAUGGUUAACGACAUGAAUGCUACUAAUUUUUCUAUUGAGACAGGGGGCCCACCCACGCCACCCACCCAUCCUAAGCGGCCUUGAUUGCCUGGGUGUGGGUGUGGGUGUGGGUGUGGAACGCUAACCCGUGAUGUGCAAGUGGCUGGGAUCCUUUCGUUUCGCUUCACUAUUCCCUUAACAUAAAGUAUUUCCGUUUUACUAAAGACGUUGCAAUGUAUUAAUUAAUAACAAUAGAAAAUAAUGGAUAAGAAAGUGUAAUACAAAGGGUAAUAUAACAUACAUAUAGGUAAUGCCUAUUGUAACAGGCCACAAUACAAGAUUUAUUUGAAUAUAUUAUGAUCCUUUCGUUCCACUUCGUAUGACAUCAAAACAAAGUAAAAACAAAGUAUAGUUAAAAGGGUACUACUUGAAUGUUAAUGAUCUUCCAUAGAAAAUAAGGUUUUAGAAAGCCACUAAGAUGUAUUUGAAUACUUUAAGAGGCAUGUAGUAGGGUAGUGUAUUCAUAGCUACGAUUUACCAAUCGAAACAAUCCAGUUUAUUCUUUCUGUCCCGAUUCCAUUACGAUGUCGAACAAACGACAACAAAUCGCGACCUGACGUGAUAACAAAUAACCGCAAACUGUUCACUGUUCUUGCCAACAGAAUUUGUAUUGUUCGGUUGUUCAAUAAAUGUACAUAAUUUGAAGCACCCAUCGGUGGCCAAUUCCCCUCUCCUCUCGCCCCUCAUCCCUCGCCCAAUCCUAUCCCAAUAACAAUGGGCCGUCGUGAGGAGGAGCCAUCAAUGUCAACCCGUGUAGUUCGCUUUGUUGCCUCCGACGGGCAAGUUGAAUUGGAGCAGGAGCAGGAGCUGGAGCAGGAGCAGGAUCGGGUUAACCGGCCUAUUGUCCCAGCUGUCUGCUGUCCAAAUCCCCGGGAUCCCGCAUUAGCAUGUGCUCAUCCGUUGGCCUGGUCGUCGAGGGCAUUCCACUGGGCAAUGGCCGCCAGUUUGCACCCCGGUUGACUAUGAAAAAGGAGUACAAUACCAGGUGCUUUCGACCGGAACGCUAUCGUCACGAGGUGGCCAAUCACUAUAGGGACUACAAGCUGCAGCAGCAUCUGCAUCAGCAGCAGCAGCAGCAGCAGCAGCUGGGAUCCGGAGCCGGAUCCUUAGGCCAUCGGCGUCACAGGAGGCGAAGGCGUCAGUUUUUCGAGCGCACGAUGGAGGCAUCUCGAGUGACCGCCUCAUUAGCGUCGCGAUAUGCGCAGUUCCGCGAUGUGUGGCCAACCCAUGUGCACUACUUUCCCAGAUCCGACGAUACUGCGUAUGCGUCCCGUGGCCGACGGACAGUGUGCUCCGGAGCGCCGCCCGACGACACCUACAACGACGCAGUGCGUCGCAUAAGGAGCGCCCACAGCUGCGAGCAGCUGCGUCACCUGGUCCACCGGAUUCCCUGGCAAUGGAGCACCUGCACCGGCAAUGAUGACCUGCCGCCAGUGGCCACCGCGCACGGAAGCCAAACUAAUCAUAAGCUAAAUAUUAAUAAGCGCAACCCGGCGGCGGAAGAAAGCCCACAACAGCAGCAGUUGGCAGCAGCAGUGCCACAAGUGGACUUCUACGGCUAUUUGCAACUUGCCAGCGGCUAUUACGAGCGGGGGUUGCAGGCCAACAUCAAGUACCUGCAAUCGAUUGGCCAGCAGCAGCGGCAGUGUCGUAAUGCAAUAAGGUCGUCGCCGGCGAACUUAUUCACCGAUUCGGACGCAGUGCAGCACGGCGAGAGUCCGGUGCGAAAGCUGACCGGUCGACUGGUGCAGCUGCUCAAGAGCUUGCGACGCAGAACGGCCAAGGAGGUGGCCGACGUACCGGGCAUCUGGGUGAACAUACGAGCGGUCAAGCGAGGGGAGCAGCAGCAGCAGGAGCAGGAGCAGCAGCAGGAGCUGGACUUAGACUCGAACUCAGAGGAGGAGGAGGAGCUGAACGAGGAGGCGACAGCAGAGUGGUCAACGGCUAGCAUGUGUGAUUAUUAUGCCCCCGGCUAUACAACUACGGAAUCAGGAGGAGCAUCAGCCAGAGCAGCCACCGAAGCCACAUUCGUAGCCCAAGCCCAAGACCAAACCACAACUACAAACACAUUCACAUCCACAUCCACAUCCACAGAUCAACGACGUCUGUACGAGAUCAUCGACAAUCUGAGCCACCUUGGCAUCGGCGACACCAGCAGCAAUAGCAGUAGUGGUAAUCGCAGGGAACAACUGACGCUGACGCUGCCACAGAUCACGCUCACCGACUGUACCGCUCAACAGGUGGCGCUGUACAGCGCCAGUUUCGACAUUGUCACACUGCAGAUACCCAACGAAGCCAGACCACCGUACCUCAAAGCCUGAAACCU